CAGGGAUUUUUUUUCCUUAAGGCAGCCAAACUGAAGUGCACUACAACUAUCUGGAUCAAGAAUUGCAGUUUGCUGAGGCUGCAUGAAGAAAAAUACCAGACUCCACCUCCAGAGGGCUGAUAUGUUUCUCAGCUAAGGUAGAGAACUUAAAAAGAUGAAGUUAAGGAAGAGAAACUGCUGGGCACCAAUUCCCUCCCCCUGGUUUUGUUUCAUGGCAGAUCAUUAAACCUUCCAGCUGCCUUUAAGAGUCCAUCAGCUGCUUCUACGGUCUCUUCCACUGCUGACAGCCUGGAGUGGAUUGUUCUAGAAGACUGUUUUAGAAACGACAACAGUGAAGCCCUCCCUGAAUCUCUCCCAUCCGCGCCUGGAACACUGCCGCAUUUUAUGCAGGAACCAGAUGACGCUUACAUCAUUAAGAGUAACCCUAUCGCCUUGCGAUGCAAAGCCAUGCCGGCGAUGCAGAUUUUCUUCAAGUGCAAUGGUGAAUGGGUCCACCAAAAUGAGCACGUCUCCGAGGAAAGCAUGGAUGAAAGCACAGGCUUGAAGGUUCGAGAGGUGUUUAUCAACGUGACACGGCAGCAAGUGGAGGAUUUUCACGGCCCAGAGGAUUACUGGUGUCAGUGCGUUGCAUGGAGCCAUUUAGGAACCUCUAAAAGCAGGAAGGCCUCCGUCCGCAUCGCCUACUUACGGAAAAACUUUGAGCAAGACCCGCAAGGGAAGGAGGUUCCGAUUGAAGGGAUGAUUGUUCUGCACUGCCGGCCACCGGAGGGAGUACCUGCCGCUGAGAACAGCAUGAGAAAUGGCUUUUGGAGAGCUGCCCAUUUGGGCUGUAUAGUAGUUCAGAUUAACUACAUCUGUUAUAACACCUGCCGUUUCCUCUUCGCAGACUUACGGAAAAACUUUGAGCAAGACCCGCAAGGGAAGGAGGUUCCGAUUGAAGGGAUGAUUGUUCUGCACUGCCGGCCACCGGAGGGAGUACCUGCCGCUGAGGUGGAAUGGCUUAAAAAUGAAGAGCCCAUUGAUUCCAACCAGGAUGACAACAUCGACACCAGGGCAGAUCACAACCUCAUCAUACGCCAGGCCCGGCUGUCUGAUUCGGGCAACUACACCUGCAUGGCGGCCAACAUAGUGGCCAAGAGAAGGAGCAUGUCCGCAACGGUGGUGGUGUAUGUGAAUGGAGGCUGGUCGUCCUGGACCGAGUGGUCUAACUGCAACGUGCGGUGUGGCCGAGGCUGGCAGAAGCGUUCCCGGACCUGUACCAACCCUGCUCCGCUCAAUGGGGGUGCUUUUUGUGAGGGAAUGUCAGUGCAGAAAAUUACCUGUACCUCCCUUUGCCCAGUGGACGGUAGUUGGGAAGAGUGGAGCGAAUGGUCCGUCUGCAGCCCGGAAUGUGAGCAUUUGAGAAUUCGGGAAUGUACAGCUCCACCGCCACGGAAUGGGGGAAAAUUCUGCGAGGGCUUGAGUCAGGAAUCUGAGAAUUGCACCGAAGGGCUUUGCAUUCAAGAUAAAAAACCUCUUCAUGAAAUAAAACCCCAAAAUAUCGAAAACGCCAGUGACAUUGCCUUGUACUCCGGCCUGGGGGCUGCCGUCAUCGCGGUGGCCGUGCUGGUCGUCGGCAUCACACUCUACAGGCGCAGCCAGAGCGAGUACGGCGUGGAUGUAAUCGAUUCCUCUGCGCUGACAGGAGGCUUUCAGACCUUUAAUUUUAAAACAGUCCGGCAAGGUAACUCCCUGCUUCUGAACUCAUCCAUGCAACCCGACCUGACCGUGAGCAGAACUUACAGCGGACCCAUCUGCCUGCAAGACCCCCUGGACAAGGAGCUCAUGACAGAAUCCUCUCUCUUUAACCCCUUGUCAGACAUCAAGGUCAAAGUUCAGAGUUCGUUCAUGGUUUCGCUGGGGGUGACUGAGCGGGCUGAAUAUCACGGAAAGGCUCAUUCUGGAACAUUCCCCCAUGGGAACAACAGAGGCUUCACCACAAUACAUGCCAGGAACAAGACCACAUACAUACAGAAUCUGUCGUCUCUGUCGACAAGAAGUGAGCUGAGGACGACGGGCAUUUUUGGCCACUUGGGUGGCCGCUUAGGGAUGCCCAACACAGGAGUCAGUUUGCUGAUACCACCUGGCGCUAUCCCAGAAGAGAGCUCAUGGGAAAUCUAUCUCAGCCUCAGCCAAGGGGAAUCCAGUCUACAGCCAGAAGGCACAGAAGUUCUUCUCGGGCCAGAAGUCACAUGCGGCCCUCCAGAUGUGACUGUCACCACUCCUUUUGCCUUGACUAUACCACAUUGUGCAGAAGUAAAUUCUGAACAUUGGAAUAUUCACUUGAAAAAAAGAACACAGCAAGGAAAAUGGGAGGAAGUGAUGUCGAUGGAAGAGGAAACUACUUCCUGCUACUGCCUAUUGGAUCCUUAUGCCUGUCACAUUCUCUUAGACAGCUUUGGAACUUACACUCUCGCUGGGGAGCCUAUCUCUGACUGCGCAGUUAAAAAGCUGAAAGUGGCAGUUUUUGGCUGCAUGUCUUGCAAUUCACUGGAUUACAAUCUGCGCGUGUACUGUAUGGACAACACGCCUUGCGCGUUUCAGGAAGUCGUUUCCGAUGAAAGACACCAAGGAGGACAAUUGCUGGAAGAGCCGAAGUUGCUGCAUUUCAAAGGGAAUACCUUUAGUCUUCAGAUCUCCGUUCUCGACAUCCCCCCUUUCCUCUGGAGAAUUAAACCAUUUACCGCGUGUCAGGAGGUUCCUUUCUCUCGUGUGUGGUGUAGCAGCCAACAGCCGUUGCACUGUGCCUUUUCACUGGAGCGUUACACUCCCGCAACCACACAACUGUCCUGCAAGAUCUGUGUUCGGCAAGUCAAGGGCCAUGAGCAGAUCCUACAGAUCCAGACAUCUAUUCUAGAGAAUGAGCGAGAAACCAUCACUUUGUUUGCCCAUGAGGACGGCAACUUCCCUGCACAAACGGGUCCAAAAGCCUUCAAAAUCCCAUACUCCAUUAGACAGAGAAUAUGUGCAACAUUUGACACACCUAAUGCCAAAGGCAAAGACUGGCAGAUGUUAGCACAGAAAAACAGCAUCAACAGGAAUCUCUCUUACUUUGCGACACAAAGUAGCCCAUCUGCUGUCAUUUUGGACCUAUGGGAGGCCCGGCAUCAGCAUGAUGGAGACCUUGACUCUCUAGCCUGUGCCCUGGAAGAGAUAGGAAGGACACACUCCAAAAUCUCAAAUAUUACAGAAACUCAGAUUGAAGAGACCGACUUCAACUACAGCAGGCAAAACGGACUCUAGUCAUCUCUUUUCCAGUCAAGCACCGAUGGUCAGCUUGGACUUUUCCAUUAGAGAAGUUCUACUAGCAGGGAGGAGAUGAGGGUUUUCUGCUCAUUGCACACAGGGAAUCCGGCCUUCAUUUCUACACCUGGUUUUUAUUUAUUUAUUUUUUAACUUGGAGGAGCAGAAGAAACCCCAGAGUAAAUCAUCACAGUAGCAAGGGAAAUGCAAUCAUCUCUGUGACUCCACAGUCCUCUCAGAAUUAAAACUCUGGUCGGAAUAUUGAAAAUAAAGGCUACUUUUCUAUGGUUCCCCAGGGGCGCGAGGGCGGGGAAGCUAGAGAUGAUAUAAAUCGAUAGUGUGACACUUAUUUAAAAAACAGUAAUGCAACCCAGAGAAAAACGAAGGCAGUGAGAAUGGCACUCUAUGGGGAAGUUACCGAAUGUUUAGAGCCACUGGAAUCUCUGGGUUGCAAGAGUUGAGCAUAUUGGUUGAUUCUCCACCCCCCUGCACUGUGUCAGUUUAUAACAGUGCAAAGAGGGUAUGCAUCGCUGCCAGGCUGAUAUUUGUAGCACUGUAUAUUCAUUUCAUACCGGUGCAAGUGCCAGCUGUAUAUUGGAGGCCUGCAGCAAUCAGACCCAGGGAAUUGGAAUCAAUAUUAUAACCAAUCUUAACCAGCCCAUCCACUUCAAAAUUGGAUUGUGUAAUUAACAUACAGAAACCUGCUGAGCUUUCCCUGGCCCUUCUAAUAGAGCAAAAAGUCUCCCAAAUUUUUCUAUGUGGAAGUUCAGCUUUGUUUGAAAUUUUGUAAAGCUGUUCCGAGUUUCAUGCAGUAAAAUGCAGCAGUUUUAUAUCAACCAACUGCAGUAUUGGGAAUAUGGCCACACCUGUUUUUUCCACAAGCUGGCACUUGGUUGCAUUGCUCCUAAUUUCAGGGCUAGGGCAAAAAAUGUCAAAGGAAAAUUCAAUCAAGGCAUCAUCAUUUUGACCUAGUUUCAGGUUGAAGUAAUCAAAAUUGCUGUCUGGCUCUAUUUCUACCAGAAACAUUAAAUCCAAGGGCAGACCCAGAAACUGGACCAAUUUCAUCCUAAUGAGUUUGCAAACUGUGGUAAAGUUUCACAUUCUUAACAAAAUUUGGGCUCACCAGUGUGUUGUCUGGUUCAGUGAUGUGGAUGCCACCAAUGGAGUAGUUGAGAUAGGGAACAUUCUCUGGCUAUCUACCUGUCUCCCUCACCUUUUAAAAACAAGUUGCCCUAAGUUAUCCAAACCAAAAAUUCUGUUGUUCUCAUAUGUGUUCUAAUAGACAUGGUGCUGAUCAAACUCUAAACAUUCCCGAGGGGUUGCCGUGUUAGUCUGUAACUUUAAAAAGAACGAAUAGUCCUGUGGCACCUUAGAGACUAAUC